AUGCCCCACCCAAAGCCACUACCUCAUCACUGCCCAUUUCCUCAUCCAAUACACCAAGCCGAAACCUACAUCACGCUCAUCCACUACACCACAACUAUCCCUACCCCUACAUCAUCCACUACCAAAGUCCCAUCCCCUACAUCAUGCCCCUCCCCUAACCCAAAACCCAUCCACUUCACCAAUGCUCCACCCCUACACCAAAGCCCAUCCCUUCACAAAGCCCCCUCCAAUUUACCAAUGCCCCCUCUACUACCCAAAGCUCCCCACUACACCAAUUUUCCACAUCCACUACACCCCGCCUCAUCCCCUACCCAAUGCAUCUCCACUACACCAAACCCCACCCCAAAAGCCAUACCCUCCCCUGCACCAAAAGCCCAAACCACACAUCAUGCAUCUCCCUACCCACUACAUCAUCCCUAA